UUAAAGUGUGAUGCUUCGAAAUGUUAAAGGAAACUAAAAAGUUUAUUGGUAAAUCCCUUCAGCCAGCACAACCAGUGCGUCAUCUGCCUUCUAAACAAGGCAUUCCGUUAAACUUAGAGACUGAAUUACCUAGCAACUCUGAAGCACGUUUGCAGAGUAAGGUUGACUGGCUAUCUGAAAUGACUGAAUUGAAGAUUUUAACUCAAACUGUGAUGCCCUGUCAACCAAAGCAACAUGAAUCAGAAGCAAAAAAAGAAAGGAUCAAAUACAGCAGAGAUUUCCUUCUGAAACUUUCAAGUGUUUCUCUCUCUCUGAAGAAGCCAGAGUUUCUUCCUGAUCACCCAGUUGUGCUUGAAAAACCAGAAAAGAGCAACCCUUUUAUGGACGUAUGCAAGAAAUGACAGGUUGUUUGGAAGAUGACAAAUCCAUCAAUGAAGGAGCUACCUUUGAUCUAGAUCUUUAUGAUUUUUGAAGUUGCUUGAGUGCCUACAGAUGGAAGUAGGACCCUACGAGACUUACGGAAAUGCCCGUUUCUUCCAGCAAUUGCCUCAAUGCUUUAAAAGUCAAACUUUUAAUUUGUAAUGCCUGA